AUGGGGAAAGCCCACAAGGCCUCAGACCUACACAAAGAAGUACAGACAUCUACAGAUGCUGAAAGUCGUUCCUGGAACAAUGUCCUGAGGAUCUAUGAAGAAAUCUCAUGUAUGCUGGACAAGCUCUCUGGAGUUUUCUCUGCGUCAUUUCCACAUGAGAUAGACAAAUCAGAUAAAGUACUCGUUCAUGAAAAUAACAACGUUGUGCAGUGUAGGAUGUGCCACCUCCAGUUCCCUGGGGAAAAGUGCUCUAGAGGAAGAGGAAUAUGUACCGCAACAGCAGAAGAGGCCUGUAUGGUGGGAAAGAUGUACAAAAGGGAUGGUACCAUCUGGUUAAACUUCAUGGGCUGCUUAAAGAACUGUGCCAAUGUGAAAAACAUAAGGUGGGGCCCCUAUCUGGUAAACUUCAGGUGCUGCCGGGGCUAUGACAUGUGCAACGAAACAUUUUAGACGUGCUUUAACAUCUGGGUGAAGGGAUGGCUUCUCCACAAGGACUCCCUGUGGCUAGCACUACAUUUAGAAGGACUGCAAGCACGUGACUCUGCCACCUACGUGUAAGAGGAAAUGCACCCUUUCUCUGAAGAGCCUUCCCAUUCCGAAAUCAAUAAAAAGUGAA